CAUGGACUGACUUAAUCAUAAACAACUUAUUCAUACACAUGUUAGGUUCGAAACAUACCUAGCCUACCAGGAGUACAAAUACAGCCAUUAUUUUGAAAUUAAGCUCACUUCUCAACAAAUCACCACCUCCAUUACUGAAUCUGAAGAAGAAAAAAAAUACAAGUAAACAAAUCACCUCCUAAAGUGUGGAAGCCAAGAUGAAUCGCUCUAUAGAACAGGCGCUCUUGUCACUUCUACCAACCCACAACACGACUCUCCCACAACCACUCGUCGAUCUCGCCAGCUCACUCCUCGCCCAAUCCCGCCAUCGUGCAAGCACACUCAAAGCCGAAGAGGAGAUUGCACGCACCUAUGCCUGCGCCCACCUGGCAUGUGACAGACUCAAAAUAACCCUGAAUCUCCCCCCCAUCGACCCCCGCCCUCCCAUUCCACCACGCAUCUACAAGCGCCUCUGCUCCCACCUCUCCAAUAUCCUCCCCUCCACCUCUUCAACCCCCGGCCGCGGCGGUGGAACCCCCAGAAAAGCAGAACAAACAACCGCCGCCACUCCACGCAGCCAACGGACAGUCAAAACCCCUACCUCUCGACUUCGCGACCAGCAACAUCGCGCUGAUGACCUCACUGCCUCCCCCUCAGCAGGACGUAGCGCGAGGAGUAAUCGAUCAGCUGCUACUGGCAGGACGACGACUCCCGGCACUACUACUGGGCCAGGAAAAGAAAAACCCCUUCAUCAAUUCCGCGGCACACUCUUUCCCCGCAAGGAUGGGACUUCCGGAGAAGGAGGAGGAUUACCAGGAUGGAUGAAACCCACCCUCCGCUUUCUGCUCAAAGAACUCGGUCCGUCACACAUCGGGCCAGUGGUCAUGUCAGGCCUUGAAUCCAUCGUUGCCCCGCGUGGUCAGCGGACCGAGGACGAGUGGGUGAAUGCGAACUUGGUAUCACUGUUGGGCGCGCUAUACCUGUUGGUCUGGCGCGGAGUUACCUGGCCCGGAUCGGAUAUUGACGAGGGCAAGUACUUAGCGAUGAGAAAAAAGGUCGUGGCGGCGCUGAAGAAGGCGAGGGAGAAUGUGAAGGUGGCGGUUAAGCUUGGAACUGGUAGGGAGGAGGAAGAGGAGCAGGAUGAAGAGAAGGUGUGGGAGGGUUGGGUGGAUGAUGGCGCGAGGGUGAAGGAUUUGAACGCGGCUACAUUGCACAUUGGAAGGGAGGGGUGGUUGGAGAUGGAUUGGGCUGCCGGUGUGGAGGAUUUGGCGAGAACGGUGUUGGAAAAGGAAGAUUAUGAUGAUGCGGCGGAAGAUGGACGGGGCUCAGAUAAGGUCGAUCUAUUCCGGGUUGGGCAGGGGGAUAGCAUGUUCCAGGAUCGGUAUGAUUACUUGGGCGAACGCAAGCAGAAGGAGUAUGCGAUUUGGAAGCAGGGAAUACUGAGGAAGAUCAAGGCGCUGGAGAACCCUUCUGCUAGCACCACCGCAACGCCUCGGAAGAGGAAAGUGCCGGAGGCCAAUAUGGAUAUUGACGAGGAUGAGUGAGCAGGUCACGCGUCGCUCAAAGGGUUGAAACCAGCAACUCAUUCGUCGCCUUGUUAUCGACCUUGAACCGCUGAUCAUCCGGCGGCAGCUCGCCGCUCUUGAGCGCCUCUCCCUCCGGCAACUUAUCCCCAUACUCGGGGAAAUUCUUGCGCACCUUCUCUGCAAUCUCACUGUUGCUGAACGUCCCAGCAGUGGUGAACAAUCUCUUGCCACCCGCCUCUGGCACCUCCAAACCUGCACGGAUAUGCGCCCUAGCAACAUCGCGCACAUCAAUCCAAAUGGUGGCGGCACCGGUGGAUGGCACGCCCUCCUUCCACUUGCCCUGCAGCAAAUCAACAAUGCGUUCGUUGCUGGUGUUGAUGCUGCUCAGGCUGGCGAGGUGGUGGACGACAGGACCAAACACCAUGGGCGGGUUGAUGGUGGCCAGGUCGAACUUGACAUUGUUAGCCGGGUCGCGGACAAAGUCCCAGGCGGCCUUCUCGGCGAGCGUCUUAG